CUCCACCCUUCUGCAAUUGUACUAGUUUGUGAAUAUGGGAUUUUAGUAUUGUUUAUUUCUGAGUUGCCUGAGCGAAUUUUGGUCAUUCAUAGUCAUUUUUAUGUGAUUUUCUUGGUGGAGUUUACGUUUAUGUGAUUCCUUAUUGGUUAAAUAAAUAUGUUGUUGAUUUGAUUUGUGUGUUUUGUUGCUUUGUUCUCGAUUUUAAGUUAUGUUGUGACUGGGUUUCGAUUAUUAAGUUUCGAUUUUGUUGUGACAGGUUGGCACAAUCAAUUUAUCAAGAUUGAUGUUCCUCUUAGGUCACCUUGUUUCUUAUACUUGGAUUGCAGGAGUGUUUCGUUUUAGAAAUUAGAACUUUAACGUGCUCCGCUCUCUAAUAAUUGUUUAAUUCUACCCCUUGUUAAUAUUUCUUGGCAGACUUCCUUAGCUUCUUAGAUAACUAUCAUGUCUGAAAUCAACAACUGCUAGAAUUUGUCUGUCAAUUGGAACGAUGUUUAUAAAUGUAUCAUUUCAUUCCAUUAUCUCAGUGUCUUUGUUGAUUUAUGGGUAAUAUUUGUUGUGCUUCAUAGUGGUGUUUGUGUCCUAAUUUGCUAAGCAGCUGAGUGCAGGGAAUAAGAAUCAAAGAUAAUUGGAUUAUCAGUGGAGUGUUGGGAUGAAAAAGUUGCAUGUUAGAAAUAUAAUUCUUUAAUUUAUGAAGGCGAUAUCAAUAUGGCAACAAAAGGAAUAUGUUUGAUUUUCCGCUUUAGUAUAAUGAUAUAUUUUAUUAUUACAGGUGGGGCUGAUACUCCAAUGUUCCUUUCGGCUUAUUUCACAUUUUCUAUUUAAAUACUACUAAUCUCGAAUCAAUUUUUGGAUUUGUUAAUUCACACAAUUGAUAAAUCGAUUUUAAGAGGAACAUCUAUCUAUAGAAAUAAUUUAUACUUUUUUAAUUUUCAUUUUCUUAUGAUUAUGCAGACCUGUGGUUUCACUGCUGUGUCCUCUCGAAUGAAAGAGUUGCAAGCUGAAGAGUCCAGUAAGAAGUUGCUGCGCUUGAGCAUAGAAGCUGGUGGUUGCUCUGGGUUUCAGUAUAACUUUUCACUUGAUGAUAAGACCAAUAAUGAUGACAGGAUCUUUGAGCAGGAUGGAGUUAAAUUGGUGGGUGAUAAUAUUUCAUUUGACUUUGUGAAAGGGGCAACUGUUUAUUAUGUUGACGAGCUUAUCCGCUUUGCCUUUUAG